AUGGCCACUCUACUUUGUAAUUCGAGAAAUGUCUCGCGCUUUGACGAAGAAGAUCCUGAUUCUGCUGCUAUGAAGGAAAAACGAGCUGCUCGCGAGCGAAAGCGCAGAGAGCAACAAGAAGAACAAAAUCGAUUGAAAGAAGGACUUAAAAAAGGCGAAUUCCGGCCAGUUGAUCCGAAUGAAACGGUCAAUGAAGUCCCGAGCAAUUGGGGAGCUGCUAUGGCAAUGGCUGCUGCGCGAGAGGGAGAUAAGUACUUUGCAGCACCUGGAGCUAAAGGAAAGCAUAGACGACCUCUUGUUUUGAAAGAUGAGUCUAAAGAGCCAAAGGAAUCCAAAGAAUCUAAAGAGUCGAAAGAGUCCAAGGAGAAGAAAGAGGCUCAAAAAUUCCGGCCUGCCAAUGAUGCUGAAACCGUAAAUGAAGUGGUCAGCAACUGGGGUGCGGCACAGGCGAUGCUUCAAAAGAGAGAAGGAGGCGCAGUUCCAUUAGGAAGCUCAAAAGAUAAGAAAGAGGGUAUACCACCGAAACCCCCUGCACCACCAGUAGUAAAACAGAAAUUCCGGCCUGCGAAUGAUGCGGAAACCGUAAAUGAAGUAGUCAGCAACUGGGGUGCGGCACAGGCGAUGCUUCAGAAGAGAGAAGGAGGCGCAACUCCCUUAGGAAGCUCAAAAGAUAAGAAAGAGGGUAUACCACCGAAACCCCCUGCACCACCAGUAGUAAAACAGAAAUUCCGGCCUGCUAACGAUGCUGAAACUAUCAAUGAAGUAGUCAGUAAUUGGGGAGCAGCACAAGCAAUGCUGCAAAAGAGAGAAACAAAGGUUCCCGCACCUCCUCCUCAAGGAAGUGCCAAAGAUAGAAAACCAGCUAUAUCUCCGCGAGCUCCCCCUAGACAACAACAGAAAUUCAGACCUGCAGAUGACAACGAAACUGUAAAUGAAGUAGUUAGUAAUUGGGGUGCAGCACAAGCGAUGUUACAAAAAAGGGAAGGAGGGAAUGUACCACCACCACUACCUCAAGGAAGCUCAAAAGACAGAAAACCUGCCGUUCCGCCACGAGCUCCGGCCAGACCACAACAAAAGUUCAGACCUGCUGAUGAUAAUGAGACAGUUAACGAAGUAGUUAGCAAUUGGGGAGCUGCACAAGCAAUGUUGCAAAAGAGAGCCAUACCAACCCCACCACCAAAGCCAAAGCCGAAGCCAGAACAAGCCCCACCGAGAGGAAUGCGUAAAGCCGACGAUUUUGAAACUAUAAACGAGUGCGUGAGUAAUUGGGGAGCAGUUCAAGCAUUAGCAAAGAAGAAAGGAUUCUAGACAACACCAAUUGAUAAAUUGAGACAAAUACGAAUUUAUAUUUGUCAUUAAGUGAAAGUGCAAACAUUGUUGCGAAUUAAUAAAGGAACACUU